AUGGUCUCUACACGUCUGUCCAAUGCUUCAAAAAAGACACACAGCAAAAAAGAUGAACCUCAGCCCAGGCUAAAGCCACAGGACCUGAAAAGAGGUGCUGCAGCAAAGGCAGCAGAGGCAGAGGAUCUAGAUGAGGUGGGUGAUAGUGGUGAGGCAAACACGCAGAAAAAGCGGAAGCAAGUGCAGAAGACAACUCACCGUGAUGCUGUUGGGGCUGUUCAUGGUGCUGCAGUAUCAGCUGAUACUGAUAAGAACAAUGAUGUUACUGAUGGGAUCAUGGUGUUGAGUUCAUGUGCAUCAGAUGCUGGCCCAAAAGGGAAUACAGCAAUUGGCUUGAAGAAUGCGGCCUACAAGGGCUCAGUCUCCAUGUGGGCACAUGGAUGCAUCGGCAUCUCAGCGCCCACACAGUUCACCAAAGUGACAAUGAUCAGCAGUGCUACUGCCCCCCCAAUAACUCCUGAAGGCUCAGAGAUCAACGACAAUGCCCACAUAACAGGAUCUCUGCUGGAUGAGGAUGAGGAGCCAGAACAAUUGGCAGCACAUGCCCUUGUGAAUAUGAAGAAACAGCCAAGUGGUUUGUGUACUGUGUUAGGAGCAAUGGAUGUGGUUGAGUUCACUCACUCCAAGCUGCUCCCCUCAUCUGUCACAGGGGACGUUGUCAUGGAUGACAACAAAGCGGAAUCAGAAGACAUCAUUAUUGUUGAUAGUGUUGAGGCAAGCCCUGUCAUUGCUACAGGAAGCAAACGGGUGACAGCAAAGACCAAUGUUGAUGUAUUUGAUGAUUUGGAUGUCCUGCCCAAGAAGCGUGUCAAGAAGGAGCCAAUAGACGCCCCAGAGAAGAAGGCAACCGCUGCGGAGAAGAAAGCCACCACUGGAGAAGUCUUAAGAGUAAAGUACAAGAACAGUGAUCUUCCUGCUGGUUGCCAGGACAGUAAUACAUGGCGUGGCUUACUCAUUCCUACUAUCGCUCAUGCUGCUGGUGGGGAUGAUGUCCAUCCAUGGCUUGUCGAGGAUGACGCGCUGAUUCUGAUCCUCACAAAGGCUUGGAAAACUGUCUACACAAAAAACCUCACACUCAUUAAUCACUUGAUUGUCCCAGGAGAUGCUGUCUAUUACAUGGCUAAGCAAUGCUUGAGUGAAUGGCAUGGUGGAUUUGGUUCCACUGCCAUCAUGAUGAUCACAAGUCUCAUGGCAGUGGACCCGCUCUAUGAAUCUGAGGAUAACUGUGUUGAAUUCACAGAUUUUUGGCUCGAGGACAACAAGUUUCUCUUUGGGGAUGUUGACUCUGACAACAAGAAGGAAUGGUCAGGAAUGUGGCAGUCAACAUUUAUCCUGCAGACUUUCAUGGUGCACCUCAACUACACCCAAGGACAUGUACUGGUCCCAGAGCUCAACAGCGAGGAGCCAGUUCUCCAAACUGUGCUUUCUCUCUCUGCAGUGGCAGUCAAAUGUGCCCUUGUUCUUCUUGUGAAUAAAGAGAUGACUUUCGAGAUCAAGACCACCACCUCUAAGGGCAAGAAGAAGCCUUCACAGAAGGGUAAGGCAUCAGCUGCAGAAACCGAAUGGAUCACUGUCAUCAGCAAGAAUGAGACUUUUUUGGAGCCACUCAGGGGAUAUGACACCCAAAUGUUCUUGACCACCAUCAAUCAUGUUCCCACUGACAAGAUGAAAACCAUAAUUGAACAAGCUCAACAAUACAUGAAGGCCAUGACUUGUGCUGGACAAUUGAAGAUGGAUGGUGUGCUUGUGGACACCCAAAACGAAGACUUCGAUGAAGAGUAUGCUGACCUGCUCACCUUCCAGCUGAGUAUGUACAUCCAUGGCUCGUGGCUUGUACUUGAAUUUCGCCUGCUAUCAUUCAAGUUGCCCAACUGCUGA